UUGCGAAAACAUGGCGGCUUCCAGCAGGUCUGUGGUGGUACUGAAAGCAGUCAAGAACAUUGUUGUGCAGUUUUGUCCAUUUGAAUCCAAUGUUCGUUCCACACGGUAAGAAAGUAAUUUGUCUACUUAAACCAUGUGAAUAUACAUUUUUCUAGUGAGCAGAAUUUGCUUUUAUUCAUUCGAUGAAAGGAAAGCGACCCUUCGUGAUGUUGUGAAACAAAUUCGGGUCCCUCUGUAGGACAAAUAAUGCAUCUCAUUUCACACAGAGAUGCUCACAGACUAUCACGGUAUUAUUUAAUGUUAUCUGUGCAAAAUGUAUUCAUAUUGUUGAUAUUGACAGAUUUAUCAAGGUUAUUAUUUUCUAGCGAGCGAUCUUAAAUCUGUAGCCUAAUAAACUUUGAGAUUGGCAGAUUGAGAUUGUCAUUCAACUUCUCGCUUCAUUGGCAACAACGGUAUAGGCUAAUGUUAGAAUGCUAUUGCUGUAAACUCAAUAUUUGGCAAGCAUCAUCAAGCAAUGUGUUAUAUGACUUUAUUCCAGAUUUACAAAUAUCUAUAAACGAUUAAUUAACUGAUUGUUUAGGCCUAUAAACUACUGCAUACCCUGGAAUAAAUUAAGGUUUGCAUGUAAUUUACAGAUUUUUAAAAAUCCUUUGCAUGGGUGAAGUUAAUCUAUAUUUCUUAUUCCGGUGAGGGACCGAGAUGCAUCCCCUGUUAAUGUGAUGUUCCAUGUUGGUGUCCUGCAGGGAGUUCCUGGUCAUGGUUGGAUCUGAGAAGGCCAGAUCUACCAAUAUGAACUGUGAGGUGAUGGCAGAAGUGAAACACGACCAGUCUGAACCACUGGUAGACAUUACAUUUAGUAAGUAGAAUAAACUUGACUUUUACCUCGACUUUAGAUGAUAUAGGCCUAAGGUAGGUAUAUUAUGCCAGUUGUCACCAAUCCUGGUACUGGAGAGAUAUAGAGUGAAGGCUUUUGUUCCAGACCAGUAUUUACAAAAACAUAAUUGGCCUACAUAAUACGAAUCUAGCUAAUUGGAUUCUUUGGGGUUUUCACCAUUUGGUACCAAGCAGCUGAGUUCCCAAUUUGGUUUUGCGUACCUUUUAUCCUGCCUCAGCUAAACGAGUGCUUUACCUGGUGCAUUCCCCCACUCUUCCCUACAGUGGAUGGAGAAAGGCUAAUGAUGAAGGGAGCGAGACUGACCAGCAAGGAGAUGCUGACAGCACUGCAGUCCAAAUCUGUAGCCAAGGACCCCCAGGCCAAAAUUACAGCCAAGAAGUAGUCCAACCCUCCAUAAUAUGUAUGUCUAUGUAUAUUUGUGAAUGUUUAUAAUAAAAUACUUUAUUGAACUGUUCUGUGUUGGUUUUCACUCAAUUAUAGAAAU